AUGGCACUUGAAGAAGAAGAUGUGCUCCUGAGUUUCCUCUUCCUCUCCACACAAUCUGCAGAUAGCCUCUAUCCUCAUUCCUGUUUGGACAUGGACAAGUUUUUGGCUGGGACUUUUUGGCCUACGGAACCACCAUUCUUAAAUGAGUCGUACUCAACAACAAACAAUGUAACACAAAACACUGCAAAUCACGGGAACUGGAAGGAACCCCCGAUUUGGGUAUUGCCGGAUGGGGGUGAAAUAGCAACCCACAAGAGCGAUAUAGUAAUGGCAAUGAGGCCAGACCAAACAAAGACGAUGGUGGGGGUCCUCCCUCGUCUCCCCAUGAGGCCCUUGGCAAAGGGGUAA